AGUGUUGGGCCCAUGCUGCUGUCUACCCGUUCUGCCCGUUCAGCCCUCGGAAAUGAAAGCAGCAGGCAGGAAGGGAAUUAUAACAGCAGGCAGGUUUUGUUCACACUGCAACCACAUCCUGGACCCUCCCCCUACAAAAAUGGUUCUCCUUUUGUGCAAAGAAAGGUGAGGUUUUGGGACAGCACUCUAGAACUACUAGGGAGAGCUUCUUCUGAACCCUCUCCCAUCCUCACCAUGAGCAGAGAAAUGAGUGAUCCUGUGGUCAUCCUUCGCCAAUGGAAGAAAGGAUGGAGAUGGAGGUGGGUUUUGCACGGGGUCUGUGGGAAUAAGGACUGCAAAGGAGAGCUGAGCAGCUGCUUUGCAGGCAGGCAGGACCCACUGGUUGUGAGGGAGGGAGAAGUGAUAUGUGAGGGGAUGCAGAGUGUGCUGUGAGCUGGAAGAAGUGUGCAAAACGGGGGUGAGAAGCAUGAAGAAAGGCAGCAAAAAGGAGUGAUUUCCCAGCAGGGAAAGGAGGGGAAGCUGCUUCCUGGUGCUGGCAGCAAAACUGCUGCGUCCUGCAUGGGAACUCUGCUGCUGGGCAUCUUCCCUCACCCUGUUGAACCAGAGCUGCUAGUUCUUCAUGCUCUGCUUUGCGUAACUUACCAAUAACCAGAGCAGGACCAAUAACUGCAUACAGACACCAUUGUGGUGAAGCAGUUAAAUGGUGAAGCAACACCUGCCUUCAACAUCUUGGAAACCAUGUGAAUGGGCAAGGAAGAAAAAAAUCUAUAGCUGCCCUAUUGUGGUGGACUGUGUGUCUGAUGUUACCCACACCUAUCAAAUGCUCUGACAGCACCUGUGUCGUAGCAUUUUCCUGCUUGUCAGACCAACAUGCCAAAGCUUAAGGCAGUCCACUAUGACUGGAUCAUGCACGGCUCGGGGUAGAUCAGAGCGCUCAGUUGCUUUAAUCUGUCGAUCUGAGCAGAGGACCCUGUGCCACUCAAGUGCAUUCAGUGUCCAAGGCGAUCUCAGCCCCUUCUUUUCGAUAGCCUCUAUCAGCCGAGCAACCACUUUCAGCUGCCAAAGGGACCAACUGGAGCCUGGGGCAUGACUGACUGGAACCCGUAUAACAGUAACAGGAAAUGCGUCCGCCACCGCAGGAGAAGACAGCCUUCUCUUCUCAGUAGCUUCCCUUAUCUUUGACCAAUCUGUGACUUGAUCACGCCUAUCCUCCCCGCCACAACAGGUGAAGCAACACCCACAAUACGCGCCAUUUUGAGGAAGGGCCACAUCUUCCUGCUUUUGCUCUUUCCCCUUUUUUCCCCCACUCUCAGGAUGAAGUGAAGGAAUACAGAGGAGGAUACAUCGGUUGCCAAGGAUCUCCUACAGUUUCUUCCUGCCUUCCCAAACUUUUUCCCCAUCUUCUUUCCAAAUCUUCUUCCCCUUCUUCUCCUUCAUCUCCUUCACCAUCUCCUUCUCCAUUUCAUUCUCCAACUCAUUUCUGAGUCUUCUUUUCUCAUCGUUUAACCAUUUUUUAUCCAUCUUCUACUCCAUCAUCAUCAUUCUCCAUCAUCUCCUUCUCUGUCUCCUUCCUCUCUCUCCUUUCCCCAACUCCUUCCCUCCUCCUCUCCUCCAGCACAGAUGGGCUUCACAUCAGGCUGCAACCACCCCAGUUUCUCCCAUCCCUGGAAGACCCGCCUGGCUCAUCUUCUGGCUCUGCACCUCCUCCAUCUGGGAUCAGCCCAGUUCAGGGUGGUGGCACCAAACCAUCGUGUCUCUGCCAUCGUGGGACAGGACGUUGUGCUGCGCUGUCUUUUGUCCCCAUGCAAGGAUGCUUGGAGCUCAGACAUCAGAUGGGUCCAGCACCGGUCUGCUGGUCUCGUGCACCACUACCAAAAUGGAUUGGACCUGGAGCAGAUGGAUGAAUAUAAAGGGAGGACAGAACUGCUCAGGGAUGGCCUGUCUGAUGGAAACCUGGAUCUGCUCAUCACUGCAGUGACGUCUGCCGAUAGUGGGUCCUAUAUCUGCACUGUGCAAGACUUUGAUGGCUAUGCAUAUGCUGUGGUGAAGCUGGAGGUGUCAGAUCCUUUUUGUGAGAAUGAAGGACCCUGGAAGGUGGCUCUGGCUGUGGUCAUCAUACUUCUGGUUGGGUCAGCUUUAUUCAACAUUUUUCUCUAUAGAAAGCAAGCGGCACAGAGCAGAGAGCACAGAGCAGAGAGUGAGUCCUCCCAGCCCCUUCCACCACUUUCCAAUAAUCUUUGAAUAUUUAUUACCAUCUUUCUAUUAUUUUGCCUUACAAUAAUCUUUGAAUAUUUAUUAGUAACUUUGUAUUAUUCUACCUUACAAUAAUCUUUGGGUAUCUGUUUCCAAAACAUGUAACAUGAGCCUAUUUGUCUGCCAAAGCCACACUAGAUCACUAAUGUGAAACAGUAUAGACUCCCGGUGGGCAAGA